UCAUUUAAAAAUAACAAGCACGCAACCCCGCCAUUUAAAUGUUUUAAAAGUCGUGUGUUUCCCGUUUAUCUCAAGUGUGGAAAAACAGCUAGGUUAAGUGAAAAGAGGUUUAGCCGCACGCUUGAGUCUUCGUCUCGUACAAGUUAACCUUAAAUAAGCAUCAUGGGAGCCAGUGAGAGCAAGAUGGGUGUGUCCGCACCAAUAAAACCAGAAGCAGCCAUCAAAAACAGUCGAGUCAGUCAUGUGAUAGAUCCACGCUCUCCUUCAACAGGAAUCGAUCGUACACCCAUUCAGGUCGGGGGGCUUGUUUCUAAAGCUGUUGCUGAGGUGAAAAGUGAGUGCCCUCUGGCAUUCCCUGAUCCCCGCUCACCUACUGUCGGCAUUACCCGCACCCCUGCCAGAGAAGUCAUGAGAGUGACAGUUGGGUCCUUUGCUCGCCGCCUGGGUAUGCUUUUCCUCAAUGAGACUGAAGGCAAAGUCCCUGAAGCCCCUCAGAAACUCUUCAAUGAUGCCGUGGAGGAGGAGGCCUUUAACAGUGAAGAGCUGGCUUCCACUGAGCCCCUCCUGAGCACUCGGACCUCCCACACCUUCGGCUCCCUGGCUGAGCAUGCUAACCUCUUGGACACCCCUGUGCUGCCCCAUCUCCAAAGUGUGGGUGACUCUAGCCCCUUUGUGCUUCUUGAGACUCCCCAAGUGGAGGUGGAGAUAGAAAUUGAGGCAGAUGUUAGUGUGGAGGAGGCUGAAGAAGCAAGAGAGUCUCCUCUUCACAAGAGACUGAGCAUGAGCCUGAUAACUUGCCACGAGGGAGCAACCUCGUCCCAGAUCUUUGCUGAGGUGCACUGUGACAGUACUUCAUCCUCAGUGCCUAAUGUGGAAGUGGAUCUCAGGGAUGGUGUGGAUCACUCUUACGCCUUUCCUUCUGUCACUGUUGAACCAGAGUCCCCUGUUGAGCCCUCCCUACCCACUGUUUCAGAUGAUUCCCCAGCUCAGGUGUCCCCUGCACAGUCAGAGGAAGCAGAGCAAAUGCCAUCUUCUGAGGAAACAAAGGAUCUUGUUAAAGAAUCUUCUUUGCCUUCUGCAUCUGCUCCAUCAGAGUCACCACUGGUCCCCAGCCCAGAGCAGCCACAGCUCUGCGCCGGCAUCCGCUGCCCCACCUUUGACUCAAAGAGCCCCAGUCAGGUGGUGUUCAAGCCGCAGUGGUUGGGAAAAGGUUUUGGUGCCACUGGGUUAAGAGCUAGAGGAGUGCAGGGGCACGGUGGAAAAGGAGGCUCCUCUCCUCUUGCUGUCCAUGUGGCUGUGAAGAACGUAACCAAUGAAAACAAAGGAAAGUCUGGAAAACUGAAGCAGAAAGGUACCGAAGGCCGCUCCCCGCUUCAGAUCCUUAAGGUGACCAACUCGCCCAGGGACCAGCGUCCUCAGAUGAAGCUGAAGGUGUCCACCCCAGAUAAGCAGAGGCUUGGACAGAUAGACCGCAGAGUGCUGGCAGUGUCUUUGGAUAAGGAGAAUAGAUAAUUCACUGCAGCAAUGUGUACAGAAUCCUUCCACUUAUCUCUUAAAACAAGCUUUUAUGUGUACAGCUUUCUUAACUGAUUAUGUCCUGUGUAUAUUACUAUAACUGCCACUUCAUGCAGUUUUCCAUACUGUUUUGCCCUCUUGUAAAUAUAAAUAAAAUUAUUUGCAUUCAUGCUUCAGAUUUAAAUCUUUAUAUUGGCUGUAAACUAGUUUUUGCUUUUGUUUCUCUUGUGCUUUCCUUGUGUGAUUUUGUUUUCUGAGAUUUUUUUAUUUUUUUUAUUACAUAAUUUUCUCCAACACCUAAAUUGUAAAAUUUCUGGUCUUUAUAUCUGCACAAAAAUGAAUAAACUCAACAUGAAA